AUGGUUGAAACAUUGUCUAAUCCUAACGACUUUAUAUUGUCAUUACUGCCAGAACAAAUUGCCCAUGAUCAAAAGAUAGGUGUAAAAGCUAUACGGUUAUUUUUACAAUCAAAGACUUCAUAUGACGUUUUACCUGUUUCCUAUCGGUUAAUAGUGUUGGAUACUUCACUUCUUGUUAAGAAAUCCUUAAAUAUACUUUUACAAAAUAACAUAGUUAGUGCUCCCUUAUGGAAUCUGAAAACCAGUCGUUUUGCAGGGUUAUUGACUCUGAGUGAUUUUAUUAAUGUUAUCCAAUAUUAUUUCCAAUUUCCAGAAAAGUUUGAAUUUGUCGAUCAAUUAACAUUAGAUGGGUUAAGAGAUAUUGAAAAGGCCAUUAGUGUUGAUCAAAUUGAAACUGUGUCUAUUCAUCCAUUCAAAUCCUUAUAUGAAGCAUGUAUUAAAAUGUUGGAAUCAAGAGCAAGAAGAAUCCCUCUUAUUGAUGAAGAUGAAAAGACCAAAAGAGAAAUUGUUGUUUCUGUUUUAACUCAAUAUAGAAUCUUGAAGUUUGUGGCUUUGAAUUGUAAGGAAACAAAGAUGUUACUAAAACCAAUAAGAGAUAUCAGUGGGUUUGUUUCUGAUAAACAAUUAUCUACAUGUACUAUGAGUACUCCUGUCAUUGAAGUUAUUCACAUGUUAACUGAGAAACAAGUUGCUUCCAUCCCAAUUGUGGAUGACGCAGGUAAACUUAUCAAUGUAUAUGAAGCCGUUGAUGUCUUGGCUUUAGUGAAAGGUGGAAUGUAUACUGAUUUAGAUUUAAGUGUGGGAGAUGCUUUAUUAAGAAGACCAGAAGAUUUCGAAGGUGUUCACACUUGUACUAUGAAUGAUAGACUAUCAACUAUUAUGGAUACUAUAAGGAAAUCUCGUUUACAUAGAUUAUUUGUUGUUGAUGAGGAGGGGAAAUUGGUAUCUGUCAUUACUCUUAGUGAUAUUUUGAAGUACAUCUUACUUGGUGAGGAUUGA